AGUUUUUGCUAAAUCGGUAGAGUGUUGUACAUCAUAAUUUUUACGCAAUCCACUAUUUUCUUAACCAAAAUAUUAACUUGAAAGGAAAAUUCAAGAACUUGCGGAAUCUUUUGUUUUGCUUUAGCAACAACAACGGAAAAGUGUUGGAAUUGCUCUAUUCAUAUAUAUAUAUAUAUAACUGCAUAGACAUAUACUUAAAAGCACACGAGUGCCUGCAAUAUUGAAUGCAUUCGGUUUGGUCAAAUUUUUUGUUGUUGAUUCGUGUUAAAACAAUAACAAACUGAUUGAUUUGCAAACAUACGUGCAUAUAAACGAAAUAAACUCUUGUGAAUAAUUAGUAAUUACAGCGAAUUAUUAGCGUAAAAUAUAAAUAAAUAUAAGAAAAACAACAAAUACUGGUAGAAAAAAAACAGCCCAAUCAUGCGUCUCCUCAGGAUUUUACCGCUAGUUUUGCUAAUUUCACGUUCGCCCGCGCGCACCACUGCCUCUAAUAGUAUUGUGAAACGCUCGUAUAUAGCGAGUAGCAGUAAUUUUGCAGCCACAAGUGCCAGCUGUAAUAGUAAAAUUAAAAUGCCAGAGAAACGCACAGCGCCAGCGAUUUCCUCUUUGGAGGAUUUUGAACGGAAAUUACCUGGUUAUCUAAAUGAGAACACCACACUCGCGCUGCUCCUUGACUACGACGGCACACUGGCCGCCAUUGCAGAUAGUCCAAAGAACACCUAUAUGACGGUCGCCAUGGAGAAAUUGUUAAAUCAAUUGGCUAUACAUCCCAAAAUCUUCUUGGCCAUGAUCUCUGGACGUGCGCUGAAUGAUGUACAAUCACGUGUCGGCAUACCGGGUAUCACCUAUGCGGGUAAUCAUGGGCUGGAAAUCGAGAGUGGCAAUGGUACACGCCACGAUUAUCCACUACCAGCCAAACUGCAACAACACUACGCGCCAAUGGUGGUCGAACUAGUAGAGAAUGUACAAAAGAAUGGCGCUUGGGUUGAAGAUAAGACAGUAUCGUUGACCUAUCAUUAUCGUGACGUUCCAGCGGACUUAUCGGGGGCGCUAAAACAACAGGCCAUACGCAUAAUUGAGUCGCACGGCUUUCUGGCGAAUCAGGCGCAUGACGCCAUAGAAGCGAAGCCACCGGUGAAUUGGCAUAAAGGCGAAGCUGCUCUGCUCAUACUAAAAGACAAAUUCGGCCCAAAUUGGGCUGAUGAAAUCAAAGUGAUAUUCGCUGGCGAUGACAACACCGAUGAGGAUGCCAUGCGGUCUCUGCAAGGUGUCAGCAAAUCAUUCCGCGUUUCCGCCGAUCCUGAGAUACAAACUUAUGCGGAUUUCCGCUUAACGAGUCAGAAUGUUGUGGAGGAUUUGCUGAGGUGGAUAAGAAAAACAUACAAGGAUUAAUGUGCGCUCCAGCUGCUGGGGACUCUGUUGGACUUUUAUUAUUAUUUUAAGAAUAUAUACAUAUAUACAUAUAUAUAUGCAUAUAAAUUAGUACAAGCUUAUUAUAUUGUAAAUAAUAUGAAGUGAUGUGCAAUUAUUUAUUUUUUGCAACAUUAAGUUGUAUUAUUAAGUUGAAAAUAUUGUUGAUAAAUUGGCAAAAUGAACAAUUAUUAUGUUAAUUGGUAUUUUUCAGAAAAAAAAAAGUUUGUUUUUCAUAGA